AUGCCCAGCAUUUUCUCCUACCAGAGUGCUGAAGUGGAUUGGUGCGAGGGCAACUUCGAGCGCUCGCCUGUGAUUGCAGAGUACUACAACACCAUCAGCAAUGUCAGCUUCUUCCUGCUCUCCCCUGCCCUGCUCUACCUGAACCGGCAGUACCGCCGGCAGCGCGCCUUGCCCAUGUACUUCGUCGCUGCCCUGCUCGUCUGUGUAGGGAUCUUCUCCAUGUACUUCCACAUGACCCUGAGCUACGUGGGACAGCUCCUGGAUGAGCUCUCCAUCCUCUGGUCCCUGGCUGUGGCUUAUUCCUUUUGGUACCCAAAGGUUUACUUCCCCAGGUUCAUCAAGAGCAGGAAGCAUUUCUUCUGGCUGAGUGGCGUCACCACCAUCAUCAGUACCUUGAUGUCCUUCAUCAAACCAGCUAUCAAUGCCUAUGCCCUCAACUGCAUCGCCUUCCACCUGCUCUACCUGACCUGGCGUGAGCUGAAAAAGUGCCAGGACAGAAGGGUUCACCGCAUGGCGGCGGUGAUGGUGAUGUGGUGGGUGCUGGCCAUCAGCAGCUGGAUAAGCGACCGCUGGCUCUGUGGGCUCUGGCAGGCCAUCAACUUCCCCUACUUCCACAGCUUCUGGCACGUGCUGAUCGCCCUCUCCCUGCUCUACCUCUGCCCACUGGUCAUCUACUUUGAUGUCAACUACGAGAUGCCAGCCUUCAGGCCAAAGCUUAGCUACUGGCCCAGCGACUCCUGGCCCGUGGUGGUGCCCUACAUCGCCCUGGAGGAGCCCCACAAGCAGUGCUAG